UUUGUGCUGGGUGGGCUCCGGCUCAACCAGGUUGGGUUCACCUGCGGGGAUGCGUUUUGUAACGACCCCGAAAUACAAAGCAGGCCAGCAGACGGCUGCAGGAGCGGCCAGGCAGCUCCGUGCGCCCUCCCAGAGCAUCUCUGCUGUGGGUUUUUAUCAUUAUUAGUAUUGUGAUGUAUUUGCGUGGAUCUCUUUCCCUUCCUGAUUCUUCCCUAAAAGAAAAAUGGUUUGGAGGGGUGUGCUGAGCCACGGAUGGCUCUGAGCCACCCUGGGGAUGAGCACGGGUGAAGGUUCAGUGGAUGAUCCCCCCAGAGCUCCAUGGUUUUGGGGUACAGAGGGGCUCGGGAGGGGUUUUAGGGCAAUGGGAAUUUCCCCUUUGCGGGAUAUUGCAAGGGAUGUUCCCACACUGGGUCCCCCCUUGGUGCUCUGGGGAGGGGAACCACCACGGUAUCAAUGUGGGGCAGGAACAUGCUGUUUUAUCUCAAGCUGGAGCAACGUGCCAGGCCGGUGGUUUCAUGCGCGGUGACAACCUAAAAUAAUUAAACCAAAUUCCUCGAGAGAGGAGGAGGUGAUGGCUGGGUGCUCCCGGCCCUGUGCGGUGCUGGUGGAUGGGUUUCAGUUGGCUUCUCCCAUUUCCCAAGGGCUUGCUUUCCCCUUGAUACUUCGGAGGGUUUGGGAGCAGGGCAUAACCCAGGUCCCCAUGGAGACCCUCCCUGCAGCACUGCAGCGUGGGGGUCCCGCAGCCAUGGAGGGGGUUUGAGCCCCAAAAUCUCAUGGGGAGCGGGAUCUUGAGAUGUGUGGAGUCACAAGGUGACCCCAUCCUUCAACUGGGGAUGUCCCAUCUCCACCUGGGAGAGCCCGGGUGUUUGUGUCCGAGCAGCAACCUGAUGGGUCUGGGUUGGUCUGGGGGGAAACUGGGAUGGAGGAGCAUUGGCUGUGCCUGUAGCAAGAGGGAACGGGUGAGGGACAGCCUAGCAACCAUGGGGUGAUGCAUCACAGCUGUGAAAUGGGGACGUCCUCAAGGCAGUGAUGAGACCUGAUGGUUGUGGUGAGGGGCUGGAGAAGCAAUCGUGGGAGACAAACUCUGAUGUGAAGCUGCAUGGGCUGAUGUAAAGGGACUAAGUCGCCCUAUGCUGGGAGGAGGUGAGACCCACCUGGACAUGGGGAGGCUCCUUGGGCUGGAGAUCCCCGGUACCACAGAGGCUCCUUGCACCAUGCCUGAGCAGGAAGCACAUGGAACACCGCUCUCCAGCAAGCUCAGGGCCAAUGGACAGAGAUUUCCCAUGGGCUGUCCACCUUCCCCAUGACUAUGAAUCCCCCCAGCGGCUGUGAGCUUUCACAAUGGCUGUGAACCUUCACAAGGGUUGUGCACCUUCCAAAGAGCCUUGGAUUUUCCCAAGGGUUGUGCAUUUUCACAAGGGUUGUGGAGCUUCCCAAGGGUUUUGGAUCUUCCCAAGGGUUGGGGACCUUCCCAAGGGUUGUGCUUCUUCCCAAGGACUGGGGACCUUCCCAAAUGUUGUGGAUCUUCCCAAGGGUUGGGGACCUUCGCAAGGACUGGGGACCUUCCCAAAGGUUGUGGAUCUUCCCAAAGAUUGUGGAUCUUCCCAAAGUUUAUGGAUCUUCCCAAGAGUUGUGGAUCUCCCCAGGCGUUGUACGCUUUCUUGAGUGCUUUGCAUCAUUCCCAGGGUUGUGUAUGAGUGGGAGAAACAUGGGAAGGGAAGGAUGGAUGUAGAGACAGAAUUGAGAAGGACCAAGGAAGGACUUUUGGGGACCCACUCUCCCUGUGUCGCUAACCCCCCUCUCCCUUCCAGUGCCCAGCACCACCCGAUGCUGACAUCCCACAAGACUUGCUGGAAUCCUGCUCCUGUCCCAGCGCUCCCACUCCACCAUGUGGAGCUGCGACCCCACCACCCAGCGUGCCCCAACCCAUUCUCCAUUCCACCUGUCCGUCUGUCCCGCACCAUGAGCAGAGCUGCACAGUUUCACGGCGUUGGGGCACGUAGCUGAGGGAUGGCCUCGCUGGACCUGCCCUACCGAUGUCCGCGGUGCGGGGAGCACAAGCGGUUCCGCAGCCUCUCCUCCCUGCGGGCGCACCUGGAGUACAACCACACCUACGAGACCCUCUAUGUCCUCUCCAAGACCAACAGCAUCUGCGAUGCCGCCGUCUUCCCGUUGGCCGCCGACGGGGCCUUGUUGACGCCGGCCACCCGGCGGGACUACUUUGAGAGCACCUCUUUCCAAGGCAAAGAGCAGCGCUUCUCCUGCGACCUCGUCCCCGCUGAGGAGUUGGAGCCGGCUCCAUCCUCCUCCCCUUCGCCUCGUUAUGUCCACGAGAUCGAGAUCCCAUUGACUGAGAUCUUCACCCGGAGCAAGGCUGUGGCUCCAGCCCCAACGCCGCCAGCCGCUAUGGAUGCAGCCUACGAGGAGGGCUUGGCUCGCUUGAAGAUCCGCGCCUUCGAGAAGCUGGAGGUGGACAAGAGGCUGGAGAAGCUGACGGAGGAGGUGGAGCAGAAGAUCGCCUCGCAGGUUGGCCGGCUCCAGGUGGAGCUGGAUCGCAAGAGCUCGGAGCUGGAGAAAGCCAAGCAGGAGAGCCUGCGGCUCAGCCGGGAGAAGCAGGAGCUGGAGGACCGCGCGUCCGAGCUGUCCCGCCAGGUGGAUGUCAGCGUGGAGAUGCUGGCCUCGCUCAAGCAGGACCUGGUGCAGAAGGAGCAGGAGCUCACCCGCAAGCAGCAGGAAGUGCUGCAGAUCGACCAGUUCCUGAAGGAGACGGCCGCCCGCGAGGCCAACGCCAAAGUACGCCUGCAGCACUUCAUCGAGGAGCUGCUGGAUCGGGCGGACCGGGCCGAGAAGCAGCUCCAGAUCAUCAGCAGCAGCUGUGGCACGACCCCAAAUGGCAGCUUGGGACGCUGUGGCACUCCGGGUGCAAAGGCUGCCGGCCGACCGGUACCCGUGCGGGCACAGAGAGAGCGGCACCCGGGGCUGGGGGCAGCCGUGCAUGGCCCCUAUGCCAUUCCCAACCAGCGCUCCUCCUCCAGCACUGGGGCUUCGAGCCGAGCCAAAGCAGUGUCGCAGAGCUCGGGCUGCUACGACAGCGACAGCGCGGAGCCGUGUCCCACCGAUGACACCGCCGAUGGGCAUCCCUACGCGGCGCGGGACAGCGGUCGGGGCUCUGGGCUGCGGCGUCAAGCCAUCCAAAAUUGGCACCGCCGGCCCUACCGCAACAGCACGGAGGGUGAGGAGGGCGAUGUGUCCGACGUGGGAUCCCGCACCACCGAGUCGGAGGCCGAGGGCUGGGAGCCGGAGGUGCCCGGCAUCGCUGCGUCCCGGCCCGCUGGCAGCUGUCGGCUGACGGCCAGGUCCGAGGGGGCUAUGAGCAAGGGGGGCCGGCUGGAGAGGGGCAGCCCGGGCCACUCCAGCGAGGUGAUCAGCCCCGAGAUCCUCAAGAUGCGGGCAGCGCUCUUCUGCAUCUUCACCUACCUGGACACCAAGACCCUGCUGCGGGCGGCCGAGGUGUGCAAGGACUGGAAGUUCGUGGCCCGGCACCCGGCCGUGUGGACGCGGGUGCUGCUGGAGAACGCCAGGGUCUCCUCCAAGUUCCUGGCCAUGCUGUCCCAGUGGUGCACCCAGAUGCACUCCCUCACCCUCCAAAACCUCAAGCCACGCCAGCGGGGGAAGAAGGAGAGCAAGGAGGACUACAUGAAGAGCACGCGGGGCUGCCUGGAAGCCGGGUUGGAGUCCCUGCUGAAGGCAACGGGCAGCAACCUGCUGAUCCUGCGCAUCUCGCACUGCCCCAACGUGCUGACCGACCGCUCGCUCUGGCUGGCCAGCUGCUACUGCCGGGCCCUGCAGGCUGUCACGUACCGGAGCUCUACGGACCCCGUGGGUCAUGAAGUCAUCUGGGCCCUUGGGGCAGGCUGCAGGGACAUCAUCUCUCUCCAGGUCGCACCUCUGCAUCCCUGCCAGCAGCCAACGCGUUUCAGCAACCGCUGCCUUCAGAUGAUCGGGCGGUGCUGGCCGCACCUGCGGGCGCUGGGCAUCGGCGGGGCAGGCUGUGGCGUCCAGGGCCUGGCAUCCUUAGCCCGAAACUGCAUGAGGCUGCAGGUCCUGGAGCUGGACCACGUGGCGGAGAUCAACCAGGAGGUUGCAGCAGAGAUGUGUCGAGAAGGGCUGAAGGGGUUGGAGAUGCUGGUGCUGACCUCCACGCCUGUCACCCCCAAAGCCCUGCUGCACUUCAACAGUGUGUGCCGGAACCUGAAGUCCAUUGUCGUGCAGGUGGGCAUUGUGGACUACUUCAAGGAGCCCCACAGCCCCGAAGCCAAGAAGAUGUUUGAAGAAAUGGUGAAUAAACUCCAGGCCCUGAGGAAAAGACCCGGAUUCUCCAAGAUCCUACACAUCAAGGUGGAAGGAGGCUGCUAGACCUUCAGGGAACCACAAAGCACAUUCCCUCUCCUGCCCUGUGGAGCCAGAGGCCCUGCACAACCAAACCCACCGCCGCUGCUCCUCCGUUGCCGUUGGAGCUCGGGGAUGCCGGCCCAUGCACAAAAACCCCCAAACUCUUGCAGGCCUUAGCGAGCAGCCGGCGCUCGCCCCAGGGCCGGCUCACAAACGUGUCACGGGCGAGAAGGUGCUACUUAUGGAAAUUUUUCAGCUGUCCAAAGGGGCAGGUCCAUGCUGUUUCCCAGGAGGGAAGAUGGCUUCGAACCCCAUGGCUGCUCAUUGCCAAGGAUCCUUGCUUGGGGAACGCCUUUUUCUUGGAACUCUCCUUUUUUCGGGGGCUGUUUGUUGGCAUGGAGGCUGAGGAUGGCUCAGCCCAUCCCAUGGGCUCUUCGCAGAGCGCUGUGCUCGGUGCAUCACCACUGGAGUAUCCUUGCUCCUUCCAUGGGCCGGUGGAUGUGGGGUGGGAAGGGCCAUUCCUGCAGGGUUCCGGUUCACUUUCAUGUCAUUAAUUUGUGAGAGGAGCACCCAAACGUGGGUAAAUGCUGCCCAGAAACCAGCAGCCACAGCAUCACAGGCCUGGAUGGCACAGCUGCAUCCCAGGGCUGUAGGAGCCAGAGGACAUUGGGAACAAUGGUUGCUCUCCAGAGGUCUCCAUCCUCUCCACUCAACCCUUCUGCCAAGGCAAUAAACCAUCAUCUCCCACAUCCUCAUCCACCAGGAAACAUGGAUCACGCUCCCAUCCCCACCAACACCCACCACUUGCUCUUUGGAGCGAGCUGUUGUGUGGAGAGAGGAACUGGCAUGGGACUCACCUUUGCCACCUCAUCGGGCAGCCUGAAGGAGAAACCUUGGCCAAAUUAUCCUGAGAUCCAAAGCAGCUGGUGUAAUCACCAGCCCUGGUAGAGCCCACAUCUAUGUCCACGGCUUAUUUUAUUUCUGUUUUUUUUCCCUUUUGGUUAUCUUCUUCCUUUAAGGACGUUACCUCCCACCCCCCAAACACUCAUCUUUUUUCCAAAGGAAAAAAGGCUCUUGAAAGGCAACCAACAAGGUAAAGGCAUCUCCAUCCUCAGCCCUGGUGAGAAGAUGCCAGAGGUCCCCAGGCCAUAGGGAACACUUGUCACAGCACUGCCAGCAGCAGGGACAUGUCCUUAACCUCCCUGCCACCCCACACCUCAACCAGGUGUGCUUGGAAGCUGAAAGAAGCCAACUGGGAAGAGCAGAUCUGGGGAAGAUCUUCCUCUUCUCCUGGGACACUGCUGAAGGUUUUGGUGCCUGUUGGCUAUGGGGCUGCCCGUGGUGCGUGCAUGGCUGGGAGGAGCCAGCUCUUCCCAGAGCAUCUCCCCAUCCCACCCAGUCCUGCUGGGUGACGGGCUGCCAUGGAGCAUCUGUAGACCCAUCCUGGUACCACCAUCCUCAACCACAUCAUGAGAGCAUCAGAUCUCAGCCUGGAGCUCCCACAGUGCUGGGAACCCACAGGAACCCUGAAAACACCCCAACCACCGAGGCUGGUGGUGGGCUGGGGGCAGCUGCUGCCUCUCCAACUCCAGAAGACCAUUCCACCCACUCCUCGACCCAUCCAUGUUGUCUCCCUCGAAGCAGGGUAGGGUUGCAUGCCUUUUUUUGGCUGUAACCCCUGAUAUGAAGCACCUGAAGUCUCCCACCGACAGCAACCUUCCAGGAGAAGGCUGCUCCUCAUGCGCACCAAAAACUGCCUGCGAGAAACUACCACACCCUGCAGACAAGAUCCACCAGGGCUUACCUCCUGGACACGUAUAUUCCAGGGGCACAAGAAGCAAGGGACGUCCUGACCAGCAAAAAAACACCAACCACCAAAGCUUUGGCCCCAUGUGCCACUUUGUCACCAUCCCACGAGCGUGGCCCCAGUGGAGGUAUCACCAUUGGAAGCGGCGCAGAGACUUUGUGAAAUUCCCUUCAAAGAAACAAAGUAAGUAUUUAUUUCUAUAAAAAACAAAGAAGGAAAAAGAAAAAAAAAAAAA